AUGGGAAACCGCAGCUCGUCUCACUACCCGCCGCCGCCGCACUGGAUGCACCAGAGGACGUCCUACUCGACCACCGCCUCGCCCUAUCCAGAAUCCAAACAAAGACCGAUUGCACCGGGAGCGUUCGCCGAGCCCUACAUGCUCCAAAACCCGCAUCAUCCGCAGUCGAAAGCCCAUAUGCGGCGCUCGAUGGUCUCGUUGAAUGCCGACUCCGGCUACAUGGGCGGUCCCGAUUCGGAGAGACUCCGGCACAUGAGAGGCUCGCGAAUGUCGCUGAACCAGGUGGAUUUCGAGCCGGCGAUGAUGCCGCCACCGCCACGAAUCAUCAUUCCGCCGGAUGUGAAGACGUUGAAGAAGUUGGAGAAGAUGGAGAAGAAGCAUCAGAAGCUGAUGAAGAAGUUGGGCGCGAGGGGGAUUCCGAUCCAGCUGCCGCCGCCGCCGCCGCACAUGCACCCGAUGUACGCGAGGGCGAUGAGCUUCGAUGAUUUACACAGGUUAGUCUGGCACCCACUUCAAUCAUUCUUGACUUUACUAAUUGUUCGUUCGCUCUCAGCUUUUUCCUCUUCUUCUUGAUGACCUUUCUUCUCUCAUAAUAGGAUUAUUAUACCUUCUUCUUCUUCUUCUUCUCGGGAUGCCUAGAGAGAGAGAGAGAGAGAUCAUUAGAAACCUCCAAACUAACUUCCAGUUUUCGAGGAGAGGGGGAAGAAGUGUUGUUAUGAAACAUACACCACCACAACAUUUGCGCGGAAGAAGCCUCAAAAAACUUGUUAUCCGCCUCGCUUCUACCUUUCGCUCAUCACUUUCGCCUCCCAGUUAUUACACAAUUCCAAUGUUCUCUCCUCUCCUCUCACUCCCACAAUGCCUCCUUAUCACUUUGGGUAACUAUAGGUCUUGUUUGUGUUUGGAAGCCUGAUUGACAGCUGGCUCACUCCGCCAAAUAAAGAGCGACACGUCAAGGUCGCCAAAUUUCGGUGAAAGACAGGAAGAAGAGAAGGUCAAUUUUUGAAGAGGAGGAGGAGAAGAAGAAGAAUGGCACACGCGAGUUUUCGUUCUUUUGUCGGACGGUUAUUCAUUGUCCGGGCCGGGCCGACAAUCGCCUUUUCGAAAAAGAGAAGAGGAUCGUAAUUUGGAAGGGACGAAUAUAGGCUGGGAGACAUUAUGAAUCGAAACUUCGGGAAUGGAAAAGUACGGGCCAACCUCAAUGUUUACUGUUUCAAAAACGUUUGAAACUUUUCGCUCGGUAUUUGACUCUUUGAUACCGCAAGUUAAACUUCCAUUCGGUUAGUGAAGUAAUUCAUAAAGUUUUUGCAAAUUUUGCCUAGAAACACAUCAUUUUUGGAUCACUCAAACAGCUCUACCGGCCGGCUUUAGGCUCACUGGUGAUUCUUAGGCCCAUGUACAGGAGGAUUUUGUUUUUUCCGGUCGUUUUCUGUCCCUUAAAAACAGUUAUAUUUUUGUUUUUCAACAUUCACAGCAAUAUCAUGGAACUGAUCUUAUCACUUUUAUAAGUAGCCACAGUGAAACUGUCAUUUACUGUUUCCCAAAUACGUACUUUUUGUUCCACUUGAAACAUCGCUCCUUCAAUCAAAAACCGUUCCAUUUGACCUCCUCCUUCUCCUCUCGCAUUGUUUCGAUCGUAACACACAAAUGCAAAUGUAGGUGUCAAAUGUUUGCUCGGAGGACUCUCAUUAUACACGUGUAGUGGCGAACCUUUUACGCCUCUGUGUUUACCGCCCACGCGUCCGUUUGUUUGUUGGUGUCACCUACCGACCACCGUCUUCCGGCACAUUUAUAUCGCCGUCAGCUCGCGGCGCGCGAAAAUCAUCACACACACACACACACGCGCAUUUCGGUAUUGAUGAUGAUGAUGAUGAUGAUGCUGAUGGUUAAUGAUAAUGAUGAUAAGCGCUUGGACGGUUCGUCUCGCGGCGUGAUCAAACAAGGGAGCACAGGGAGUCCGGAGCAUGACCACUCUCGCCACUUCACACACACACACACACAUUAAAACUCCGGUCUGUGUGGAGUGGUGUGGCCGCUUGUUUCCACCCCUCAUUUUGAUGAUGCGCUCGAUGCAAACGAUAAAUAAUUGAGGGCGCAGGGACUGGUUGCGAUGGAGCCAUUGGCCCGUGCGAUUUCGGAUUUAGGGAUGGAUGUCGACGAAGAAAACGUUGUCAGAAAAGGGGCCAAUAAUAAUUAGAUGCGAAAGGCCCGUUUUUGAUGACCCGAGAUUAGAGAGUAAUCCCUUCAAUUAUCCGAAUGGAUUUACAAGCGGAGAAGGUCAACGACGAGUCGUGCGCUUUGAAAUGGAGAUUAUAUGAUGAUGAGGAGAGGAAUGGAAUAUGGUUACAGUUUCAAGCAUACAAUAUCUGAGAGCACAUUUUGGGAAGGCUAAUAGUAGUAGUUCUCCAUGAUUUAUCAUCACAAUUUCACAUUCGUAAUAUCAAUUGGAAUUAUUAAUGCUGAUAGUCUAUCUGGACCCCUCGUUCUCUACCCAUAUUGUUUUUUACCAAUCAUCACCUGUUCUUCUCUCUCUCCUUUCCCCUCCAAUUAACAAAAGUGUUCCGGGUCACGGACCAGAAUGAGAAGGAGGAGGGAGAAGAAAGCGAAGGACCAUAAUGAAUGGGAUGUGACCUUCGAAGGCCUUUGCGUGUUUUUUUGUUUGAGAAGGAUAAGGCGGCCGACUAUUAAUGGGCAGGUGAAAAGAAACGAAAGAAGGAAUAAGAUUGCCGGUGAGGGAUCGUUUUGGAGGAGACACUUUCAAAGUAUUUAGGUACAAAAUAUUAUUAACGGUGAAGUACUUAGAAAUAUAAAAUGAAAUGAAUCGUACUGAUAUUGGGUUUGUGAAACUGUAAACGCUAAAGUACGCUAUUUUCUAACUAGGAACGUUAGAGCCAGCGUGUCGUGGUUGUGCUCCUGACGCAGUGCUCCGUUUGUUCUGAAAUAUGGUCAGUACAUCGAUAUAACCUUAUGGAACGUGUUUUCCAAGUUGCAGGUCUUCUCGAAGCUUCUCUAAUUCAUUGCUAGCGAGUAGGACUCAAGAUUCUUCAGUACUGUUUCAUCGUUCUGACAAAUGCCGAUCAUUAAUCAAAGUUCCUAGUCUAUCACACACCAAAUUACUGUUAGUACCUUCCCUUUCUAUGGCGCAUAUUUGGUCAGUGAUGCACUAAUUACGGACCGACUUUCCUUCUAAUCUCUUUCUCCCUUUUCAUGUCUGAAUGAUCAGCUUCGCCCCUUCCGCUCGAAAAAGUGACUCGUUUCUUGAGGUGUUCAAGGUUAAUUCGCAUCCUUCUCGCCUUGCUAUUCUUCCGAACCUGACGGACAAAUGGCCUCCUCAGCCUCCUCCUCCUCCUCCUCUUCUUUUCCUUUCCAUUCGAAUCUCGCUAAUCUCGUGCGAAUCUCCGUCCACCACCGGAUGGAAGAGGGAACACGACCGACCCGAAAGGGACGGAGAAAUGACCGAAAAAACUGGAUGAAUGCCUUUCGAGAAAUGGGCGAAAGUGAGGGUUGAAAGGCGAUGCGAAUGGGAUGAAAGAAAAAGGAAAGAAAAAGAGGAACAUGCUGGUUUUUGGACAUUAGGGAAUGAGCGUUGAUGUUUCACAGGGCUAAUACAAAGAUAAUCGAGAAAGUGUUCAGAAUGCACGAAGCGCCCGAAAUCGACGUUCGGAUGCGGCAGCGGGACUGGAGAGCCACCGAGGAUCGACGAGCGAUGCCGACGAGGCGAGAAACGCAGAGCCAGUACGUCAAACACAAUUACUCGUGAGUUACUGUACUUUUCGAUGAGGUUUACCCUUUCGGACAGUUCCUAUACCUGUGAUUUUACGGCCCGGAUCCUUCCUGACGACAAAAAGCUAAAAAUAUAUUGUAACUUUUUCUGCCUAUGCAUCUGACGGCUUUUGAGAGCACGUCAAAAUAUGAAUUCCCGUUUCACCACGGUCAUAAUUAGUUCAGAGUCUGUGCACUUUUACUAUUACUGACCUUUUUCCUUUCUCAGCACAAACCGGCGCACCGAACUGAACGGAUCUCUGGCCUCAUCGUCGCCGAUGACAUCGUCAGAAGAAGGUGGACAUUCUUCGGACCCAUGGAACACUUCGAGCAUCUCUUCAGGAAAACGAGGUGCCCAUCCCACGCUUGGCUUGUCCCUAAACCAUCUCUCCAUUUCAGAUAUGAUCUCUCCGCCAAUGUACAGCAGCACUCCUCACCAUCACAGUCAUAGUCAGCAGCAGACGAGUCAUCAAGUCACUUCUCCUCAACCGGUUAGUCCCCCUUCCCCCUGGUUUCAAGUCAAUCGGACCUCUUUAGCCAAUCGCCAAAACGAUCGAGGUGAAAGUGGAGCGGAGUGAAAAAGUGGAGCAGCUCAGCGAGCACAGUGACCGGAAGUCGGUCCCUUCAAGCACGCAGACGGCCUCCUCGACGAGCUCCCGCAUCCAGCACAGUGCUCCGAAUUCGAAUGCCACGUACGCGCAGCCGAUCAUCCGCGGGCAGCCUUCGUACGGAUCCAGAAGCUCUUCGAUUGCCACGUCGCAGAUGCGAUGCGAUCAGUCGGAGAUUGACUUUUCGUGGGUCAACGAGGAGGAGGACAAGUUGAAAAGGGAGUCUAGAAGUGAGAAAAGGGGAAGAGGGAUCGGAAAUAAAGGGUUCAUUUGCAGGAAUCGACAGUCUUCCCGAGUUUUACUUCGGGAUGGAUCCUCCGCCAGUGGCCAGUGAUGGAGAGAAAGAGAAUGAGGAGGAGAAGAGGCGCAGACGGAAGAGUGUUCUGGAGAAGACGGCUCAGUUCGAGAUCGAGGCACGCCGGGUCGACAGGAGGGAACCGGUAAGGCUCCGAAACUUGACGGUUUCUAGAAGCUAUAAUUAGCCUGUAAUUAGGAAAAUGCGUUUUUUUUCUGAGUAGUUGCUCGCUUAAUUUCUAUUCCAAGCAGUGUGCCUUAUGGAAAGUAUCAAAAAAUAGAAACAGGAGGAUCACCCGCGCAUUCGAAAAACUUUUGAAACUGUAAAUUUUGAAUUGCUCCGAGAAUUUUCAAAGUUCUCGGAUACCGUUCACUCCAGUCGGUGUAUCUCAGCAACUUUUGGAUGUCUUCACCGGCAGCUGCGAUUUAUCGUCGGGAAUGAACGGCAUUUACGGUAUUCAAGAACUUUCAAGUGUUUCUUUUUCGAUACCAAUCUCUCGGUUUCCAGUCGUUCCUGUCCCGCUCCUCUCACCACCUGACGUCGUCGUCCUCCGAAGUGCCGCACCCCGAUUAUUCGCCGCUCUCGAUCCACACGAAAGAGACGGGCGGUCCGGCCGAACGAAGGAUCUAUCGCAUUCAGAAGCAGCACAACGAGGCCCAACGCACCUCCGCCGAAGAUCGCCGUUAUCGGAGCAGCAUCGCGUUUUGA